GAUUGAGUACUCCAAUUCUCCACAAGUCAAUCAAUCUGCAAUAUCAUGGAGAGAGCCAUCAUCAUCGCCGCCGUCUUCCUUCUCCUGUCACUCCAAACAGCCGCAACAGCAGCAGCAGCCGCCGGAGUGGGCCGCCGCCGUGUCACCAGGCGGCGGCCACCGCCGACGCUGGCCACCCGCCGCCACUACGCCACAUCGCUGCAGGUACCGCGCGCAGGGGACGACGCCGCCUCCUCCUCCUCCUCCGUGCCGCCGGCGGUGCAGUACGAGACGCGGCGGUACACGCAGCGGCUGGACCACUUCAACUCGCUGCCUUCAAGCUACGCGACGUUCCAGCAGCGGUACCUCAUCAACGACACGUUCUGGGGCGGCCGGAGCCGGACGGCGCCCAUCUUCCUCUACGCCGGCAACGAGGGCGACAUCGACCUGUUCACCAACAACACCGGGUUCAUGUGGGAGGCCGCGCCGCGGUUCCGCGCCAUGCUCGUCUUCGUCGAGCACCGCUACUACGGCGAGUCCAUGCCGUUCGGCGGCACCAGGGAGGCCGCGUUCCGGGACGCCGCCACCAAGGGCUACCUCACCGUCACGCAGGCGCUCGCCGACUACGCCUCGUUCGUGCUCAGCCUCAAGGCCAACCUCAGCGUGCCGGCGGCGCCCGUCGUCGUCUUCGGCGGAUCCUACGGCGGCAUGCUGGCGGCGUGGAUGCGCCUCAAGUAUCCGCAUGUUGUCAUGGGCGCCGUCGCGUCGUCCGCGCCCAUCCUUAGCUUCUAUGGCAUCGUCGAUCCCUACGCGUUCUACGACCGCAUCAACGACGACUACAAGAGCGAGAGCAAGAACUGCUACGACGUGCUUCGGAAGUCGUGGGACGUGCUCGACGAUGCGCUCGCAACCAAGGAAGGCCAGGCACAGCUGAGACGUACAUUCAACAUGUGCAAUGGAAGCAGCGUGUGGGACAUCCCGUCUCUACUGGAGAACGCGAUGGUGGAGGCGGCGAUGACAGACUACCCGACGACGUCGGGGUUCCUGACGCCGCUGCCGGCGUACCCAGUCCGCGCGAUGUGCCGCGCCAUCGACGCCCGCCACCAGCAGGCGGCGGCGUCGACCUCCACCUCCGGCUCCGGCAACGACGACGGCAACAACAGCAGCAGCAGCACGGCCCUGCUGCUGCUGUCCGAGCAGGUCCGGGACGCCAUGAACGUGUACUACAACCACACGGGCGGCGCGGCGUGCUUCCGCGCCGAGGAGGACGACGACCCCUACGGCCUGUACGACGGGUGGAACUGGCAGGCGUGCACGGAGGUGAUGGUGAUGGCGUACGGCGUCCGCGAUGGCACCGUGCUGCAGCCGGCGCCCUUCAACUUCACCGAGGUCGUCGACGACUGCCGGAACGUCACCGGGCUGCCGCCCCGACCGUUCUGGAUCGAGACCGAGUUCGGCGGAUACGAUAUUGCGAAUGUUCUGAAGAAAUCUGCUAGUAAUAUCAUCUUCUUCAACGGGCUGCGGGAUCCGUGGAGCACUGGAGGCGUACUGAAGAGCAUCUCUGACAGCAUCAUUGCGUUGGUGGAGCCCAAAGGGGCACACCACGUGGAUUUGAGAUUCUCGAGCAAGGAGGACCCAGAGUGGCUGAAGAAGGUGCGGGUGAAGGAGACGAGGAUCAUAGCGCGCUGGCUCAAGCAAUACUACAGUGACGAGGGCAUUGCAACCUGAAGAAGCUUUUUAUUGUUUUCUUUUUCCUCAAUCAGCUCCUCGUGUUCUUUGAUAGAUUAAUUAUUACUGUCACGUAGACUAGUAGAUUAGGCAGGCUAGUCAUCCAGAUGCAUAUAAUCUCGUUUUAGUUUGCUAUAUAGGUGGUUUAUUUCUCAGACUGUCAUAUCGGAUCAAGAGCCAUUAAUAGAUUUGCAGAGAAA